AUGAUUGAAACUGUAUGGGUAGAUUGGGAUGAAUGGAAAGAAAUCUAUCAUCAUCUAUACUCUGAUUUGAUUGACAACCAAAUAUUGGGUUUAAAAAGAUUGGGAGCAUGGAGAAGUAGAGGAGCAUUACCAAUAGCAGUUGAAUCGACAGGUGCCAUUGUAGAAGCUAGAUUAUACGAAUCGAGGAGAAGUGAGACUGAAAAUGUGUCAGUCUAUAGCAUGGCUUUUAAUCGUCUAGUAAAUGGUUUUAUCGAAGGUGAAGACAAUGAGAGAAAGAGAUGGAAGGUUGGUAAUACAAACAUGUUUACUCGGGCUCAAGAUGUAAACAUGCCAUCAGAGUUUGUAGAUUUGAGACAUGAAAUAUCUCAUGGUCGAUUACCAUCACUAUCAUUACUACGUAUCAUGUCAAAGAUGGCAUUUGCAUGGGUUGAAGAUACCUAUUGGAAAGCUCAAUUAAGAAAUGUUCAAGAUACAACUGGUCGUGUAAUAGAAAUACUAGUUCAACAUCGUCUUUCAUUUAUUGAAAUGAUCACCGGUGGUGGUGACGAAUCAUCUCUCAUCAUCACCAAAAAAGAAAUUAAAAAGACUCUACAACAAGAAUGGACAACCAAAGGUGUAAUACCAUUUUAUGAUGCAUUACAAAAAGAAAUGGGUGAUGGAAUGUUAGAAACUGUCAUUGUACCACAAAUCAUUCAAUCAAUGUUAUCAACAAAUAAUAAUAAUAAUAUUAAUAAUAAUAAUAAUAAUAAUAAUCAAUCAAUUGAAAAUAUAACAAUUUAUCAAUGGAAACCUAUACUUAGUUUAUUACACCAAGAUUAUCCAAACUUUUAUCCAACUAUAUUAUAUUUAAUGACUCAUCAAUUAUCAAUAUUUAAAAAUACAACCAAGACAUCAUCAUCAUCAUCAACUACAACAAAAUCAACUAAAAAAUCAAAUAUUAAUCAAGAAGAAGAUGAAUCUUCAAAAAGAUAUAUAUUAUUACAAAAAUGGAUUAUUUGGAUAAUAGAAAAUUUAAUUGAUUCAAGUAAUAGUGAAAUGACAUUUAGAUAUCUUUUAGAGAUUAUUAUAACCAAUCAUUUAAAUCAAUUUAAUCAAAUCAUUUAUGAUUUAUUAAUUGAAAAGAUUAAAAAUCUUGAUCAAACUAGUAAUAAUGGUAUUGUUAAUAAUACAGCUAGUAGAAAGAUAAUAUCAAGUUAUAAACCAAUAUUAAAAGAAUUUGAUAGUCAACAUCCAAAGAAAUGGAGAAAGAUUCAACAAUGGUCUCCUUGUCCUAUUGGUGCACUGCCUUGGACAAUCAAUUCUCAAUUUGAAUUCCCAAGUGAAGUGGAUCAAUUUAGUUUGGCAAACUUUUUUGAAAUGAAAGAUCAACAAUACCAAACAAAAGAUUAUCAACUUGUAAACAAUCCAGAUAUAAUUAUAUCAAAUAUAGAUAAACUUUUCCCAUCAAUUAGAAAUAAUAAUAAUCAAAAACAACAAGUAGAAGAAAAAAAUAUUACAUCAACAACGACAACAACAACAACAACAAUAUUAAAACAACAUCAACAACCACAAUCACAACCUCAAUCACAACAAUCAAAACCAGAAAAGAUAAUUGAUCAACUAUUAAAACCAAGGAAAAAUGAACCAGUAUUGUUGAAACAAGAAGAGUUAAUAAUAGUAAAAGAGAAGUAUGAUAAUAUUGAUAAUAAUAUUGACCAAGAAACACCAAAAACUACAAAAAAAGGAACAGAAAAAAAUAGAUUUGCAAAUAGAAAGAAACAAAAGAUUGACAAGGAGGCAGCAAUCAAAAUACAAUUGGAAAAGGAAGUUUUAGAAGAACAAAUUAAAUUUGAAAUAGAAAAGGCUGAAAAACAACAACGACAAAAACAAAUAUCAAAGAAACAAAUAACUAAAAAGGUCGAAGAUUUAUUAUUUUGGAAAUAA